AUGCCCCGAGUUGGGAACAACAAAAACACGACUAAAAAGAAGAGGUAUCAGCCUCCCUUAGUCGGGACGCAAAGAAAACACCCACAAUUUGCACGAAAACGAAAUGCUAAAGAGAAACCAGCGAAUGAGAACACUGAAAAUGAAGAUAAAAUCAAGAUGGAGGAGGAGAUUGAAAACGACGAAAUGAAAGUCGAAGAGAACGAAGAAGAGCCGCAAGAGAGGGUUGAAGAAAACCCUAAAAUCAACGAAGAGAAAAAACCGCGAAAAAUUCGAAGCAAAAAAAUCUUGUCACUUGAAGAACAACUUGCUUUGGUCGAAUCAGUUGUCAGCUCGGGAGCAGAAAAGAGUGGUGCCGUGAUGCAAAAAACAGUGGAAAAGGUACAGAAACAGGACUUGAAGGUGGCUCGAAGAACAAUGAAUAAACAAAGAAAAACACAACUCAAAGAGAAAGAGAUGGAAAAGCUCAAGAAUAAGCUGCUUGAAGAGAAAGAAAAGAAAAAGAAAUUAUCUGAUUGA